AGCACGUUUCAACCUUGGAACUCCCAUCGUCCACUACACCCACACCCGCACCCGCUCGACGCCUCUUCGUCGCCGUCCAUUCACUCCACUCCCCAUCUCUAUCUCCUUUCUUCAGUAGUGGUGUCAGCAGCCCCGUCGAUGCAUCCUAAAUUAUUACCCGAAUCGUAACCCUCCACCUCUUCCUUCCAAGGCUCCCAGCUGUUAGGCAUCUCGUCCACCGCUCCCGCACUGCACCCACACACACCCACACUAGCCGCCGUUCUAACCCAAAGGCUACGAUCGCUACUCCAGGCACAUUCCGCUGCGCUCCCUUGUUCUUGACCCUGCUCCCUUCCAAAUAGCCCCCAAUAUUCCUUUGACACAUGGUGAAGGCCCGCUCCUGCCUCCCCUCGACUUCCUCGUGAAGCGUCUCGCCAUGCGCAUUCCCAACCUCUGGGGGCUGUUGUCCGUAGCGUCCUUGGCCGCAGCUCAUCUCCCACCUCGGAAUUACGCCACCCACGACUACUAUGCCAUCCAUCUCUGCUCGUCUACCUCUCCGGCUGACUUGGCGGCCCAUCUCGGGCUCACGUAUGAGGGCGAAUUGGGCUCCCUCGAAGACCACCACGUCUUCAAGGCUCCGAAGCACAGCAACGAUCUGGUGGGCGAUGCAGUACAGGACUUGAAGAGGAGGCGGCGGAAGAGGGAGGUCGGCCUGGAGUCACACCCCUUGGACAGCAUCCGCUUUGCCCAGAAGCAGAGGAUAAAGCCCAGGCACUGGAAGCGAAAUGCCAUCCCAGAAGUCUCGCGAGCUGGUCCUCCAGUCACCGAUGCCGUCAAUACGCAGCGAGAAAUCGCCCGCGCCCUCGAGAUCAAGGAUCCGAUUUUCGAGGAACAAUGGCACAUUUUUAACGUGAAAACGCCCGGGAACGACUUGAACGUCACAGAUGUGUGGAUGCAGGGCAUCACCGGCAAGAACGUCACCGCAUGCAUCGUUGAUGAUGGCUUGGACAUGGAUAGCGAAGAUUUGAAGGACAACUUUUUUGCUGAAGGAUCAUACGACUUCAAUGACCACGUCGACCUACCGAAACCGCGUCUAUCAGACGACCGACACGGAACGCGUUGUGCUGGAGAAGUCGCGGCUGGGAGGAACAAUGCCUGUGGAGUCGGCAUCGCCUACGACUCGAAGAUCUCUGGCGUCCGAAUCUUGUCCGGCGACAUCACAGACAUGGACGAGUCACUUGCCAUCAACUACGAACUGCAGAAGAACGAUAUCUACUCUUGUUCCUGGGGUCCUCCGGAUGAUGGAAAGACCAUGCAAGCUCCGGGUCUGCUCAUUGAGAAGGCCAUGAUCACGGCUGUUCAACAGGGCCGCGGCGGCAAAGGCUCCAUCUACGUCUUUGCGGCGGGCAAUGGUGCUGCUAGUGAUGACAAUUGCAACUUUGACGGAUACACCAACAGUAUCUACAGCAUCACAGUCGGAGCCAUCGACAAGAACAACAAGCAUCCGUAUUAUUCUGAGGCUUGCUCCGCACAGCUCGUUGUGACCUACAGCAGCGGCGGCGGUGAUGCAAUCCACACUACUGAUGUAGGAGCCAACAAGUGUACCUCCCAGCAUGGAGGUACCUCUGCUGCGGGCCCCAUUGGAGUAGGGACAUUCGCACUCGUUCUUCAAGCGCGGCCAGAACUGACCUGGCGUGACCUUCAAUGGCUCACCGUCAUGACCGCUGUGCCCUUUGACCAACCCAGCGACUGGACAAAGACAACCCUUGGAAAGAUGUUCAGUCAUCAGUUUGGCUAUGGCAAACUCGAUGCAUAUGCAAUGGUAGAAGCAGCCAAGACGUGGAAGCUGGUCAAACCGCAAGCUUGGUUCUACUCGCCUUGGAUGCAUGUCAAGAAGGAGAUUCCCCAAGGUGAUCAAGGCCUUGCCAGCACAUUCGAGGUCACAGAGCAGAUGCUCAAGAGCGCAAACUUCGAGCGCGUUGAGCACAUCACCCUGACCAUGAACGUCGCCCACACCCGUCGUGGAGAUGUCAGCGUUGAACUAAUCAGUCCCGAUGGCAUGACCAGCCACCUCUCCACAGCCCGCCGUGACGACGAGUUCCCAGCAGGCUACCUCGACUGGACCUUUAUGAGUGUUGCUCACUGGGGCGAGAAGGGUAUCGGAAAGUGGACUGUCAUUGUUAAGGAUACCAAGGUCAACGAGCAUAGCGGUACUUUUACAGAUUGGAAGCUGCGCCUUUGGGGAGAAUGCAUCGAUGCUUCGACCCAACCACUUCGACCCAUGCCCGGUGCGCAUGACGACGACGAUCACGAUGCGAUUACCAGCGUCCCUGCCCACACGACGGCCAUCAGUGUCCCUACAAAUGCCGCAGCCAUCACUGCCAACCCCUCCGACCACCCAGAUCGUCCCGUAAACCAAAAGCCCAAGCCUACCACCACAGAUGAACCCGCUUCUACCACAGCUUUUGAAACCCCCAUCUCAGCAACCUCGACUCCCUCUGCAAGCAGCGUGCCAGAGAGCUUCCUUCCUUCUCCCUUCCCUACGUUUGGUGUGUCUAAACGCACCCAAAUUUGGAUUUAUGGGAGCAUAGGACUGAUCCUUGUUUUCUGCGCUAGUCUAGCUAUCUACUUCUACCUCGCACGACGCAAGCGUCUCCAAUCAUCACGUGAUGACUACGAAUUCGAGAUCCUCGAUGAUGCUGAAGAUGAAGAAGGUGGUGUGCGGACGGGCAUGUUGGCUGCAGGUGCCGGCGGUAAUAAUAAGAGGAGGGCGAGGAGAGGUGGUGAAUUGUACGAUGCGUUUGCAGGAGAAAGCGAUGAAGAUUUGCUGAGUGACAGCGAGACCGAGGAUCAUCCAUAUACAGAUCGGGAUGAGAAGGUCUAUGAUGAGAAGAAUGGGAUCGGGGAGGGAAGCGAUGCAGGAGGAAGUAGUGGGAGUUCGUCACAGGGGAGGAGGUAGACUGGGUAGUGGAGGCGUUCGUUAGUGUCCUGUAUAUUGCUAUCACAGGGAGGCUUUUUUUUUUAAAUGCGCGUGAAUACACGAUUGAUUUCUUUUUGCUCUUGAAGAAA